CGGUUUUUGUUCUUCCGUAUUCCGGCUACCUGCAUCCUGUCCGAGCAGCAGACGACAGGGAAGCGGAUGACUUGUCAGCUGUUGAAAGUUAAAACCUGCCGAUAGAAACUUUCCUAAAGGUGGUUCAGAAAACCAACUCUCCGAGGAUAGUUUGAAAGAUGCAGUGAUGAAGUCAACCUCCAAAGAGUGAGUCCACAUCCUAUAAAACCGGCCUGGCUUCCUGUUCCAAUGUCCCGCCUCCUCUGACUCCAGCUGAGAGCACCUUCUGUUGACCAGCGGGCGGCGCUGGCUCUUCUCGAGGGGGGGGGGGUGUAGGUAGGGGGGUCGAGACCAGAGAUGGACAGCCGAUGCAGCAGUAGCGCCGAUUCACGGCUGACCGGCAGGGGGCCCGGGUCCAACAACGGCACGCCCAUCGGCGCCAGAGGGGAUUCAUGCGAAGUUGGGGAGAAGAAGUGCAUCUCGGACGUGAGGAGGACCUUCUGCCUCUUCGUCACCUUUGACCUCCUGUUCAUCACGAUGCUCUGGAUCAUAGAGCUCAAUGUGAACGGCGGCAUUCAGAAGCAGCUGGAGAAAGAAGUCCUGCACUACGACUACCACGCCUCCUUCUUCGACAUCUUUCUCCUGGCUGUCUUCAGGUUUGCCGCCCUCAUCCUGGCGUACGCCGUCUGUAAGCUUCGCCACUGGUGGGCCAUCGCGAUCACCACGGCAACCAGCUGUGCUUUCCUGAUUGUUAAAGUCAUUUUAUCAAAGGUAAUUCUAAUGGUGGCCUUUGGGUACCUGCUGCCCAUCAUCUCCUUCGUGUUGGCCUGGAUAGAAACAUGGCUGCUCGACUUCAAGGUUCUGCCUCAGGAGAACGAAGACGAAAACAGAUAUCAGUCCAUCAUGGACGCCACAGAGCGAGUCCCCCCUCUGGGUCCGGGACCUUUAUCUGACGGACAGUUCUACUCCCCACCAGAGUCCGUGGCAGACUCCGACGAGGAACUGGAUGAUAAACACGAUCCAGAAAUAGGACUCAUUCAGUAGCGAGCUAACAGGAGAUCCGUUCCUGAAGGUGAAGUGUCCUCCUGCUCCUGUUGCUCUACCGGGGGGAAUCUCUGCCUUACACACGGUUUCAGCUCUGAUCCGCCUCUAAGACGUCUUUGUAUAAUCAUACUCACAAACACACAAACAAACACACAAACAAACACACAAACAAACACACCUCUGUUUCUGAUAUCGCCUGCUGCAUGUGCACCUGGGACUGGGGAAAAGUGCCGCUUAAAAAGCUAUUUUAUUAUCACGACUCGUUCAUUUUCAGGGUGUUUUUUCUCACAUUUAAUGUAACUGCAGCUUAGAGGGAAAUAAAUAUGAAUGCAUAUUUAUACAUAAAAAAUUACUUGUGUCUCAAAUGGGAAGAAUUUGAUUUCCAUAAGAAUUAAAUCAAUAAAUUUGAGAUUCAUUUCAGUGUCAAAUCAAUAAUUCAGUGGGGGUUUUUUUUGUUUCUUUUUACAGUUCUUUCUUCUCUAAGGUUUUAAUGUCUUAUACUUCCAAUAUCAUGUUUACUUUUAAUGUGUUUAUCAUAUUUGUACAUGCUUGGGUUUGAAGUCACUGUAAAGAAGAAGAACAGGCUUGUUUAAUAGACUACAUAGAAGAAGAAAAAAGGAUUUUUUCGGCCAGUAUUGAGCUUACGGAUCAGCGAAUGUGAGACAACACGUAUUUGACUACUUCCGGGUCUUUAAGAAGAAAUUCAAACAACUUGCACAGAAAGCUGUCUGCUUGUGAAAAAGUGAAGUAUUAUUUUACUUUAAAACAAAAGGAGCCAUAAACAUGCAGCACUUAGCAUGAAGGUUAGAGCUGCUCUGUGGGAACUGUUAACCGCUCUUAAAAUGCUGCUAUUCAACACUGAUGGAGCUGACAAUACAUGCACAUGUAUUCAUGCAUGUAUGAAUGCAUGUACAUGUAUUUGUACAUGUAUGAAUACAUGCAUGUAUUCAUACAUGCACAUGUAUUCAUGCAUGCCUUGCAAGCCGAGUGGUUUUGCUUUUAUGAAAAGCUUGUCUGUAAAAUAGAAUCAAUAAAAUGUGAAAUCUUG